UCUCUUAUGCCGCUCUACUAGGUCACCACCAGCACGGCAAUCUGAGCUGUUUGGGCUGGCUGGUUCCCCGCCAGCUCGGUCCCGCUGCAAAGGGGAGCUCCAGGAUCAUCUCGUCGCCUGAAAAACUAGCCCAGCAAGAAAAGUGUCUCCCAAGCACAAAAGCAAGAGCAUGACGGUCCUCCGCCACCAGCUGUCUCCCAGCGAGGAGGUAGCAGGCCGUUUCCCUUCCGCUGGGAUGCCAUCUGCUGUGCCUCUCAGGGGCUAGGCAGCAGAGGCUGGAUCAUGUCUGCCCUUCUUUGUCUGAGGCACCUUUUGGAGGGGGUCUGGCUGCUCAGCCCAUCAUGCCUGGCCUGUUUCUGACCUGGGAUAGAUAGGGCUCCCCUUGAUCUAACGCUGUAACUGCGCCCCGUUGUAUGUCUGGGUCCAGCAUUCCCCACCGCUUGCCCAGUGGGGGUAGAUGAGAGAGAACUUGCUGUAACCCAAAAUCUGAGAGGUAGAUUUGCCUCUAGGCCGCCAUGAGUCAAAGCACCAGCUCUCGCCUGGCAGACUCGCCUCAGCUCUCCAGGACCAGCCUCCUCAACAUCCUCGGCAGCCCCCAGCCCGAGACGAUGAGCCUGCCGGACUCCAUGUCCCCCACCCCGAAGAGUGGCACGCCCUCGCCGGGGCCGUCCCAGCUCCCCCUGGGAGCCGUGUGUCUGGACGGGGACUGGGAGAGCCGGGAGGAGCUCCGGCUGCGGGAGCUGGAGGAAGCCCGGGCCCGAGCGGCCCAGAUGGAGAAGACCAUGCGCUGGUGGUCGGACUGCACCGCCAACUGGCGGGAGAAGUGGAGCAAGGUCCGGGCGGAGCGCAACAAAGCCCGAGAGGAGGUGCGCCAGCUGCGGCAGAAGCUGGAGACCCUGACCAAGGAGCUGACCAGCCUCAAGCGGGAGCGGCAGGAGGUGCUGAACGAGAACGAGCAGCUUGGCAAGGAGGUGGCGCGGCUGAAAGGGGAGGGCGAGGAGGAGCAGGAGAAGGAACUGGACAACAGGGUGGCUUUGGAGAAGGAGAAAGAGGGCUUCCAGGAGCAGGAACCCGUGCGGGAUGUGGGCUCGGAUAAGCUGAGUAAAAAUAAGGAGUUUGAGCUGAUGGAAAACAUCCUCAAGAGCAAACAAGAAGGGCCCGAGUGCUGGGACCAGCGGAGCUCAGUCAGCGUCCGGACGUCCUUCACUCGCCCGGAGAGGAACCGGCUGCUCUGGGAGGACAUGAGUGUCCUCGAGGAAGAUGCCACCAAAGUGACUGCUCUGAAACUGAGGCUGGAUGAGUCCCAGAAAGUUUUGCUCAAGGAGCGGGAGGACAAGCUGUCGCUCAGCAAGAGCAUCGAGAAGCUGGAGGGCGAGCUCAGCCAGUGGAAGAUCAAGUACGAGGAGCUGAACAAAAACAAACAGGAAGUGCUGAAGCAGCUGAACAUCCUCAAGGAGCUCCACCAGGAUGAACUAGGGCGGAUUUCGGAGGACCUGGAGGACGAGCUGGGAGCUCGCUCAAGCAUGGACAAGAAGCUGGCAGAGCUGCGCACGGAGAUGGAGCGGCUGCAAGCGGAGAAUGCUGCGGAGUGGGGGAAGCGCGAGCGCCUGGAGACGGAGAAGCUGAACCUGGAGAGGGAGAACAAGAAGCUGCGGGCUCAGAUUGAGGACCUGGAGGAGAUACUGGCCCGGAAGCGCCGGCAGACAGCCAGCGCGCUGGACACUGACCUCAAAACCAUCCAGGCCGAGCUCUUUGAGAAGAACAAGGAGCUGGCCGACCUAAAGCACAUCCACAGCAAGCUGAAAAAGCAGUACCAGGAGAAGACGGCCGAGCUGGCGCACGCCAACCGCCGGGUGGAGCAGCAUGAGGCAGAGGUGAAGAAGCUGCGUCUGCGGGUGGAGGAGCUGAAGAAGGAAUUGGCCCAGGCGGAGGAUGAGCUUGAUGAAGCCCAUAACCAGGCACGGAAACUGCAGAGGUCCCUGGAUGAGCAGACGGAGCAAAGUGAGAACCUCCAAGUGCAACUGGAGCACCUGCAGUCCAGGCUGCGCAGGCAGCAGAACACACCGCUCUUUGGGAAGAUCCGGAGCUCCCGAUUUGGCCCCGACGACCCCGAUGAUGGGACCAGUGAUCUGGAUGAAGAUGAAGAUCUACAGAUCCAGGUUCCUUAGUGCCCGGUGCGCAGGGCCAAUGAGACCGUGGCUGGAGGAGAGAGAAGGAAGUGGCAGGCUGGAUGCUUGAGGAGGAGAAUACCUGCAGGAGCCUGGUCCCUUUCACAGGCCUCACCGAGGGCAGCCAGACAAGCCAAGAGCCAGCAGAGGAUGUGUGGGGAUACAGCCUCUGGCCCUGCUGGCCUGUGUCACCACCAGUCAUGGGGAGGGUCCUGGAGAGAAACCCCGUGGCCAAGUGUCCAUCCCAGGGGGGCAGGAUCGGUUCUACCCCAGUGGAUUCGUAGACACAGGGAGAUAAAGCGCCAAAGAGUGGGUUGAAGAGAAAUCCCCAGGGGGCUGUAACCAGAUGAUGACAAGAGGAGUAGGGAGGGGCCAGGCUGCAGAGCAUGAAUUAGCUGCCCUGGGCAGAGCAAUGGCAUUGGUGUCAAUACUGUAGAAAUGAUGCUAGCAGCUGAGGUGUUGUGGAGGCCACUGCAGUGACUGAGUCUGUGCAUUGGAUGGUACGCAGUGCAGUCUCUACCCCUGCAGCUCCACCUCGCCAUCCCUGCCCUGAAUGCCCUCUGCAGUUCCAGCCUCCUGCCCAGUCCCUCCCUCCCCAGCUCUUUCCUGGCACAUGGCUUUCACCUGACAGGUCCCAUCUCUGACGCCACCCACCCUCGCCUCGGUUCCAUCUUAGCCUGGGAACCGUUUGCAUCUCAGCAUCACACACGAAUGAACUGAGCCUCCAAACUAAUGACCUCUCUUUUACUGAUGGGGAGACUGAGGCACCGAGCAGAGCAGUGACUUGCCCAAGAUCAUGGACCUCGAAGGCCUGCACCUGGGGCUCUAGGCCCUGCCUCCUCCCCAUGUGCCCUGUCCACCAGCAGCCGCUCUCCCUCACUCCCGUUUGAACACAUGCACCUCACAGCGUGAGUGGACAUUGCAACAAUACGCCAGAGGGCAUCCAAGGCAGAAAGCAGGCGGAGCUAACCCGGAUGAGCCCAGCCCCUGGAGCACUGACAGCAGGAGCCAAGUACACCGGAGCAAACCCUUCUAUUUUAUAUAUGGAUUUUAUAUAUAUGUAUGUAUUUGUAUAUGUUUUAUAUUAUAAAUAUAGAGCUUU